UAAACCGUAGUGCAUAUUUGAAAAUGCAACAGACGAUAUCGAGCAAAGAACACGCAAAGUUUACCAACAAUAUCCGAACAUAAUUGACUGUAAACCCUUCAGUUUAGAAAAAUGGGCGAUGACGAAUGGGAGAAGCUUCCAACAGAAGAUAAAGUUGUUCAUAAACUGUGGAAAGCAAGAGUUGCAGGCUAUGAAGAAGCCAAGAAGAAAUUUCAAAUGAUUAGCAAUGAAAAGACUAAAGAGUUUACUUCAUAUCUUGGUAUUUUGAAGAAGUUUGUGACUGACAAUAAUGCAGUUGCACAAGAAAAAGGCCUACUGGCAACAUUAGCUUUUGUCGAGAAUUGUUCUGAUUCCACCAGGGUUUGCAGUGAUGUUGUGUCUGGAGUUGUUACAAAAGUGCUUAAUUCAAAGCCAAAACUCAAACAACUUGGAAUGGACAUUUGUUUGAUGUACAUUGAACUUGAGAAACAGGAAGUUGUCAUGGAAGAGCUAAUCAACGGGUUUUCCAACAAGCAACCAAAAGUAGUUGCAGCUUGUGUUUCACUCACAAACCAGGCAUUGCGUGAAUUUGGCGGCAAGGUGAUAACUAUGAAGCCAAUUGUUAAAUCAUUACAGAAGCUGUUGGAGCACCAGGAUAAAACUGUCCGUGAAGAGGCAAAAUCGUUAGCAGUUGAGCUUUACAAAUGGAUCAGAGAUGCAUUGCGUCCCCAGCUGUCUAGUAUCAAGCCAGUUCAGCUGAAAGAGCUGGAGGACGAGUGGGCCCAGGUUGAUGCUAACAAGCCUAGUCCCACUCGAUUCACUAAGACGGAACAAGCAAAGAGAGCUGCUGCCCCGCCACCGCAAGAGAAGACUGCCCCAGCAUCAGAUGAAGUUGAUGCCUCUGAGGAAGUGUCAGAUGAACCAGAUGAAAACAUCGACCCAUACGAUUUAAUGGACGCUGUUGAUAUUAUUCCGCUCAUUCCAAAAGAUUUUUUUGAACAAAUAGUGCAAACAAAGUGGUCAGAAAGAAAGGAAGCUCUUGAGGGCUUAGACAAAUUAACAUCAAAGCCCAAAAUAGAAGCCGGACAGUUUGGUGAUGUAAUGGGAUGUCUAAAAAAGGUCGUAGCCAAAGACAGCAAUGUUGUUGUGGUUGCACUUGCUGCAAAGUGUGUACAAGGUCUUGCCAAAGGACUGCGAAAGAAAUUCAACCCAUACGCCCCUAUGAUAAUCCCAGUCAUUUUGGAGAAGUUCAAGGAAAAGAAGAUGAAUGUUGUCAUUGCUCUGAGAGAUGCCAUAGAUGCAGUUUUCUUAACGACGACAUUUUCAAACAUGGUCGAAGAUGUAAUAGCCUCUCUCGAAAGCAAGAAUCCCAAUGUGAAAGAAGAGACGUGCAAGUUCCUCACCCGCGCCAUCAGUCAGUUAACCCAGGCUACAUUACCUAAGCCAAUUCUGAAGCAAAUAACCCCGGUUUUGAUAAAGAAAAUGGAUGAUACUGUAGCGGGUGUGAGGGACAACGCCGCAGAAGCUCUUGGUACAUCGAUGAAGGUUGUUGGGGAAAAGGUCAUGCUGCCCUACAUCGACCAGUUAGAUAAAAUAAAAGCUGAAAAGGUGAAGGAGUGCUACGAAAAAGCAGAGGUUGUGACAUCUGGAAAAUCGACAAAAGCAGUUAAGCCAGCUGCGGCUGCCAGUAAGACGGCUAACAACCCUGCAGCCGCAUCGAAAGCACCUGCAGCUGCUAGUAGUAGUACAAACACGGCUGCCAAGAAACCAGUAAAGAAGAAGCUUGCGGGCGCUGGUGCGAAAGCGAAAAAGCCACAAUCAGCUCCUCAGGGAAAGAAAGAUGGCGGCAAAAAAGCAAAGAAAGGCGCUGCUGCAUAUGCAGACGAUGAGGCGGAACCAACCGAACAAGAAUUAUCGGAAGGAGUAGUUGAAGAUAUUGCACUGGAAUUGUUUGGGGAAACAAUUUGCAAGCAGAUUGUAAGUGCAAACUGGAAGGAAAGACUUGAAGCAAUGGAAGAAAUGACAAAGAAAGUCAACGUAAUGACCCCAGAUGCAAAGCAAACUCAGACAAUCGUAAGGACGCUUGCCAAAAAACCAGGUUUCAAAGAUAACAACAUGAUGGUUUUAAAAGGAAAAUUUUCCUUACUUGGAAUACUUGCAAAAGUUUCCAAACCUUUUUCACGCCGAAGUGCACUGUAUGCAAUAACUGGCUUGAUAGAGAAAAUUGGAGACAUGAAAUUGAAAGAUGCUGUAAAAGAAACGCUCAAAAUUUUUGCAGAAAACAUAUCAUUGAAUUACGUCAGUCUCAAGGUUGCUAAAGUGUCGAGUCAGGUAAAAAAUCCAAAGACACAAGCUGAAGCGCUGGUUUGGAUGUCUGAAGGUCUCAGGGAAUUUGGUUUCAAAAUUGAUAUGAAGCCGCACAUUGCAUUCAUAAAGACAUCGCUACAAAACACUAACCCGGCUAUUCGUGGCGCUGCUGUGCAGUUUCUUGCAACAUUAUACCUCUACGCAGGCCCGAGCUUGCGAACAGUUUUUGAAGACGAAAAGCCGGCUCUGCUUCAACAAAUUGAUGCUGAAUUCGAUAAGGUGAAAGACGAAAAGCCUCCAGCUCCCGUGCGAAAAGUUCUCGGAGACCAAGACGACGAGGAUGAAGAAGAAGAAGGGGCCGAUGGUGAACAGGAUGAAGACGCAGUUGAUGGAGAGGCCGGUGGAAUGAAUGCGGAUGACCUCGUUGACAGAAAGAACAUCAGUGAUAAAAUAACAGAGGCCCUAAUAUCAAAACUAACGGACAAGAAUUGGAAAAUAAGGAAUGAGGGUUUGCAGGAGGUCGUCGAAUUAUUAAAAGAAAACAAAUUCAUAAUGCCUGACAUUGGUGAGCUCCCUAUUGCGCUUAAAGCUCGUCUUGGCGAGAGCAACAAAAAUCUGGUGAUGAUAUCACUAGGGAUUUGUAAAACGCUGGCUGAAGGAAUAGGAUCGCAGGUGUCGAGGCACAAGGGCACUUUGCUGCUGGCCAUGAUAAGCACUAUGAACGAUGCAAAGCCACAAGUCACAGUCACUGCCAAGGAAGCUUUGUCUGCUUGGCAUUCCAAGAUUGGCUUUGCACCCUUUCUGACAGAUGAGAUUCUGUCAUCAGCAAUGAAGAUACCCAAGCCUAACCUAAGAAUCGGGUUACUUUCUUGGAUGGAAGAGAUUUUGAAGUUGGAGACGAAAAAGCUUCCCGCUGAUCUGCUAGAAUCGAUUCCGGCUCUCUUUGGCUGCUUGGAAGAUAGAAAUGCCGAAGUGCGAAAGAACGCCCAAGCAGUAUUGCCAUUGGUAAUGGCACACACGGGCUUUGAACCGAUGGCAAAAGCAGCUAACAAACUGGAAGCUUCUUCAAAGGCUACAGUAAUGACUUUGCUCGAGAAAGCAAGAGAAACAUGUGUCCCCAUCCAAACGGCAAAAAAGACAAAAACAGCCAAGCAAUCAAAGCCUGCUUCCUCAGGAGCAUCAACCUCGGAUGCCCCGGCAAGGGAAGUCAAAAAGGUAGCUGAGGAGUCUAAGAAGACAAAAAGCGCAGAAAACAAAAAGCCUGCAGCCAAAAAGCCGGCAUCUGCAUCUACUUCGAAAAAGAAAAAUCAAGAAGAGGACGAUGGGCCCGCAAUUUUGCAUAAAAUUGGCAAAGAUCAAAGAAUGAAGGACGAAAAAAGUCUCAAGACUUUAAAGUGGAACUUUACGACUCCACGUGAAGAAAUGGUGCAACAACUCAAAGAUCAGAUGACUCCAUGUUUUAGUGGUAGCAUGAUGAAGAGGUUGUUUCACGACGACUUCAAAUUUCAUAUAGAAGCAAUUGCGUUGUUCUCUCAAGGCCUGUCUUCAAAUACGCCAGCGAUGAUUGAGUCCCUUGACAUUAUACUGCGCUGGUUCACGCUGCGAUUUUUCGACACCAAUACAAGUGUACUACUCAAAUCUCUUGAAUUCCUGGAAUCGUUAUUCGAUAUUCUUGCGGAAGAGAAUCACAAUUUGUCCGAAUUCGAAGGAUCGUCGUUUGUCCCUUACCUUAUCUUAAAGAUUGGAGAUCCAAAAGACAACGUAAGGAAAUCCGUUCACAAUCUCUUCAAAAAGUUGGCAGAUAUUUAUCCAGCAACUAAACUGUUUACUUUUUUGAUGGAAGGAUUGGUCUCCAAAAAUUCGAAAACAAGGAUGGAGUGCUUGGUGGAGCUUGGUACCUUGAUUUCAAAAAGUGGCAUUGAGGUUUGCCAACCAACCCCUGCGAAGGCUUUGAAAGAAAUGGCAGUUCAGAUAGCUGAUAGAGACAACGGAGUGCGCUCGGCAGCUUUGAAUGCCAUUGUGGAGGCGUAUAAUAUAGUUGGUGAGCAGGUUUAUAAAAUGAUUGGAAGGCUGAAUGACAAAGACAGGAGCUAUUUAGAAGAAAGAAUAAAACGUGCUGGCAAAGUGAAGGCUGCCCAACCCCCGGAACCAAAAAAGCCGCCCACUGAAGCCAACAAAAGCAAAAUUGCUCCGAACAAGCCAGCUUCCGAUGCAAAGGACCAGACUGAUUCGCAAGUUUUGGUUGUUUCAAAAAUAAAAGGCCGGGGGAGCUCUUCUUCUAAUGAUGGCCCAGUUCGUCCGAACACAUCUCCACAAGUCAAGCGGGAAUUCGAAUUGGACUAUGAACAGAUAAAAGGAGGCAAAGAUAUUAUUAAGGGGGUCAAGCCAAAACUAAUCGAAGUUGAUGUUGAUGAUGAUGAUUUCACCAUUGCUAAACCACUGGUCAAUGUGGCUGGCAAAACAGCAAUGACGUCAGCUGCCCGCGAUAUUCCCGCGUGGCUUGACUUGACCAUCGCCCAGAUCGCUAGCAGUGAGGUAAAUGUUAGCUUGGAGGCUUUAGCGCAAUUUGAAGAGGUUUUUAAGAGACACAAUGAAGAGCCCGAAGUUAUCAAAAAAAUUGACCAGUAUCUGCUAACAUGCUUGGUUCAGUUCCGAAUGUUUUUCUCGCGUCACUUGGAAAUGAAAGAGAAUUCGCAAGAAGAGAUCAUUCGCUUGAUGAAAUACCUCCUCAACGGCUUCAUGCUUACAUUUUCAACUACCUCACUGGCUGCCGCGGUCUCUAAAAAUGUGCUUAAAGACAGCAUUAUGUUUUUUGUCAACAUCAUGCUCGACAGCAAACUAUCCCAGCUAGAAGAAUGUGCUGUUGUUGUAAAGACUAUCAAUAUAAUUUUGCUUAAAGUUAUCCACAAUGGUGACCAGACAUCGAGUUUUUGGGCCGUUAUCAAGCUGAUGAUGGAUGGAAUAGAACAUGAAAUUCCACAGAAAGUUCAAGAUUUGUACCUCAAGUGUUUGUGGAAACUUGCCCGGUAUUUGCCCGAACGUAUUCAAGACUUCCGGACUGAUGCUGCUCUACUUGACAUGCAUCUGUUUUUGAAGAAAUACCCAUCCUCUUACUGGAGAACAAAAUCGGACCGAAGACCCAUGGAAACAAUCAGAUUGUUUCUCCGGACUUUAAUGAAACUUCUUGGUCCGGAUAUUUUGAAUAAAACAAUUCUAAUUGAGGACCCAGAUGCCAGUGAGCUUGUUCCGUUUUUGAAGAAGUCAAUGCAAAAGACUACUGACACAAAGGCAGCUGUAAACACUGAAAGUGUGAAGGAAACAAAGGUUGAGCAAUCAAUAUCUAAUGGAGGUGGAGAAAAAUCAACUGUUGAUAUGUUACAAGAAAUCUUUAAGAAGAUUGGAUCAAAGGAAAAUAGCCAAGAGGGUUUGAAAGAACUGUAUGAAUUUAAAGAGAAAUACCCGGAAGAAGAUGUUGAGCCAUAUUAUGCAAAAACGUCACAAUUUUUUCGCAAUUACAUUGAGCGUGGUUUGAAAUCUAUUGAGACAAAACGGAAGUCACCUGAUCAAACGGCAGAUGGCUCCAGAACCCUCAUUUCAAUCGGGAACAAUGGAGGCAUGCAAGGCAAUGGUGUGACGUCAGUUGGAGGUGCAGAUAAAUACUUAGACCGUUUAAAACUGUUGCGUGAAAAAUAUUUGCAAAUGAAUAAUGAGCAGUCUCAAAGUGAACAGCAAAAAGAUUCUGUUGACAACAAACCAUCUUUACCUUUGGUUGAUAUAACAACAUCAAAUCAACAAGAACAACCCAUGCCUGACAUCACACAAGUGGCAGAGAAAAAGGAGAAGAAGGAGGUCAAUUUGGAUGAUUUACGUAGAAGAUUACAACAAAUAAAGAAAGGCUCUUCAAGCUAGCAUUGUGGAAUACCAUUGAUAGGAAAAACUUGUGUAAGAUGGUGGCUACUGAUAGCUUGUAUGAUAUGUGAAGCACCCACUGCCCAGUGCCAACAAAUGCAUGUGUCAUUAAAACUAGAUUCCAGUUUACAUUAAGGGAUUUAUUCAUUUCAACAGAAUGAGCUAAUUCCUUGUAAUGGUUGAUUCUAAUUGUAGUUGUGACAUUGCUUUAGAGCAGUCAUAGUUAGAAUUUAUGUCCAUAGUUGGUGUAAUUAUGUACUGUAACAAAUCAAAAUUAUUUUUCUCUUA